CGUAGAGAGCUACGUCUUUCCUUUAGUGCUGUAAUAGUAGUUACCUUCCUGCCAUCCUGUAGAGGGUGCUCUCCUGGUGGCACCUUUAGAUGUGACCCUCUGCUGGUCUCAGGUGCUAAAGUGUGUCCUGGUUGUCCCCGCACGCCAUCGCCCCACCCCUGUAGUGUCCGCUUGCCGGCCCGGCCCUGAGGAGGUGGACCGUGCUGAACGUCACCCGGGCCGGUAGUUGACGGCGCCUCUGGAGUCAGCGGUGAGUGCUGUCUUGGAGCCUAUAGACGUAUCGCUAGGGCCUUCUUCUGAAUCGCUCGUUGUAGACAAACGGGGAAGGAAAUAUGCUCUUCCAUUUCUGAAUGCGUGUUUAUGUGGGGGCCCCAUAUGUGGAACAGACCUGGUCAUGCAUUCUGAAGAUGUUGAAACCUAAAUGGAAUUAUUGAACUCGCAACACUGGUCACAAAUUGAAGUGCUAGUAAGAUUGCGUGUUCUUACUGCUUGACAACAACUCCAUUGCUUAGGUUUUCCCCUUAAGCAGCACAAUGUCUACCUCAUCUCUCCGUCGCCAAGUGAAAAAUAUUGUCCAUAAUUACUCUGAAGCUGAGAUCAAGGUUCGGGAAGCCACUUCAAAUGAUCCAUGGGGGCCAUCCAGUUCUUUGAUGUCUGAAAUUGCUGAUCUCACUUACAAUGUGGUUGCUUUCUCUGAAAUUAUGGGUAUGAUCUGGAGAAGACUAAAUGACCAUGGUAAAAACUGGAGGCAUGUUUACAAGGCCAUGACUUUGAUGGAGUACUUGAUAAAGACUGGAUCAGAGCGGGUUGCUCAACAGUGUAAAGAAAAUAUUUAUGCUAUUCAGACCCUGAAGGACUUUCAGUAUGUAGAUCGGGAUGGGAAAGACCAAGGUGUGAACGUGCGAGAAAAGGCUAAACAGUUAGUGGCACUUCUGAAAGAUGAUGAACGUCUUAAAGAGGAGAGGGCCCACGCUCUGAAAACCAAGGAGAAACUGGCUCAGACAACAACCACAUCUUCAUCGUCAGCACCCAGCCUCAGUCAACAUGGUGAGCAGGACCAGGCUUGGCCUCAGAGUAGUGGAGAAGAGGAACUGCAGCUUCAGCUGGCACUUGCCAUGAGUAAAGAAGAAGCAGAACAGCCACCUCCAGAGUUGGAAGAUGAUAUGCAGCUUCAACUUGCACUCAGCUUGAGCAAAGAGGAGCACGACAAGCUGUCUACAAAACGUUUAGUAACUCUAGCAUUUCUUCCUGAAGACAAGGAAGAGAGAAUAAGGCGAGGGGAUGAUCUUAGACUUCAGAUGGCAUUGGAAGAGAGCAGAAAAGAAGCGCCAACCGUGUCAAAGAAGGAUGAGUCUUCCCUAAUGGACCUAGCAGAUGUUUUUACCUCUACGGCACCUGCAGUGGCAAAUGACCCAUGGGGAGGUGCUCCAAUUCCACCUCCAGCAACAGUGACUGUUGAUCCUUGGGGUGCUUCAGGUGCCUCUGCUCCAGCCGCAGCAAGUGAUCCUUGGGGAGAGCCAACUGUAACGGAAGAUCCCUGGAGUGAACCAGGAAAACCCGGUGGUGGUCAAAGUGAUCCUUGGGGUGGAACCACUAGCACCUCAUCUGUGCCUCCUACUGCAGCGGUGGACCCUUGGGUUUCAGCAGGUUCUGUGCCUUUAGAUGCAGAUUCCACAGGUGAUCCCUGGUCAUCAACUUCAUCAGUUGCUGCUCCAGUUAAGUCUACUAGUGAUCCAUGGGCACCUCUGCCAUCUACGUCAAACAGUGCACAGCAGUUUUCUGACCCGUGGGGAGGUUCUCCUUCUAAACCUACUACUAAUGGAACAGCAAAUGCAUCCUUUGAUCCAUUUGUGGCCCCGGCUGGUAAUGAUGAAUUGUCUGAGUUUGAUAGCCUGAGACCUACCAUUCCCAAAACAGGAAGUAGUACAGGUGAGCUGGACCUGCUGGCUGGCGAAGUGCCUGUAUCCCGCUCUGUUGGUUCCAAGAGUCCAGAUGUUUUUGACAUGACCAGUGUGAGUGGAUCUCUAAAUGACAUGCCCAGUUCAAAACUGACUCCUGCUGCUCGCAAAACACCAGAAUCAUUCCUGGGGCCUAAUGCUGCUUUAGUGGACCUGGACUCUCUAAUUUCCAAACCUUCUGCGUCACAGCCUGCAAAGACUUCAAACCCUUUCCUUUCUUCAGGAGUGACCACUCCAUCUGCAACCAAUCCAUUCCAGACAACACAGCAGACUGCCUUGACCUUGAACCAGCUUCGUGCAAGCCCUGUGAUGUCACUGGGACAGCCUGUUACUCCAGUUGGCACAGCUACUAAUACUGUGGGUGCUCCCUUUAACUCAGUUUCUCCAAUGGUGUCCGUCUCUCCUGCUGUAACUAGCAUGCCACUUACAUCAAUCUCCCCAAUGAUGGGGGUGCAGCCAGUUGGUACAGUUCCCCCAAUGGCUAAUGUUCCUAUGGUCCCAGUCACAGGUAUGCCUAUGAUGCCACCAGGUGUCACUCUUCCUCAAAUGAUGACAUCUCCGCAAAUGGUCCCACAGCCAGUAGCACCCAGCACAUCGUCACAGUCUAUGGGCAGCACUAACCCAUUUUUACUAUAACAGAGCUUCCAGCAGCAGCAUAUUAAGAGUUAUUCAUCCAUAAACUGAAUUAUGAUGAACCUUUUUUGGACAUAAUGUGUGCCAGAAUAGGCUCUUUUGCAAUGAAAUUGGUGGGCAAUUAAGCAUCUUCUGUCCUCCACCUCCCUCCAGUUAACCAGUGACAAAAAUUAAUAUGCAGAAGUGUCUAGCUUUCCUCUUGUUGCUUAUUUUGAGGACAUUUUGUAUGGUCAUUUUAGGAUCUCCUUUAAGAUAAAAAAAAAAAAAAAGGUUUCCUCCUCUUCUGACAUGAUGACACUUUGGAUACAGUACCCCAGAAGUCUGCAGUAUUUUUGUUUUGUUGUAUUUAAGUUGUCCAACUUGCAUGUUAAGAUGUACUCAGUUUAUCUGGAGGCUUGGUCAUAUUGUACGAUUCUUGCACUUAAGUAUUCAUAGCAACAUUUGUUCAUUUUACUACGAUACCACAUUUGUAGCUUCAUAAAUCCAUUUGUAACUUUCCCAGACCUGCUUGAUGGGAUAGUAUGACACACUUCUGUAAAGGUGCCAGUGACACUAAAAUGCCUCAAAGAUGUCAGUAGUUAAAUGGGUUAAAUAUAUUUAAUUCUGAA